GUUCACGAUGCAAACUUAUACUCAAACCCUUCAAUGCUGGGGCAGUGCCCGGCAGCCUUGCCAUCAAAUCCGGGCCACGAUCAGGGGCUGCAACCGGCUGGUUGUUCCCCACAGCCUGAGUGGCGCUGGAAAAGAUGUAUAAGAUGGCUUCGCUACUCCUUGGUCCAGAGCAGGGCAACCUUGAAUCUUCCAUCAGUAGUACACCGCAGAGCAUACACCCUGUCUCUUCAACCAGCCCUUCAUCAUGCCCAGCGCCGUUCAUGACGAGACCACCACCGUUGUGGCAACCGAAGUCCCCGGCCCAAUCUCUCAGGAGAAGAUUGCUGCCCUGAACAAGGUCUUCGAUGCACGAGCAGUGCACUUUGUCGUGGAUUAUUCCAAGAGCCAUGACAACUACAUUGUGGAUGUCGAUGGCAACAAGUAUCUGGACGUCUAUUCCCAGAUCGCAUCAAUCCCUGUCGGCUACAACAACCCGACUCUGAUCGCCGCUGCACAAUCGCCUCAGAUGAUCUCUGCUCUCGUCAACCGACCAGCCAUCGGCAACUUCCCGUGCGAGAAUUGGUCAACUGUGCUCUCUCAAGGGCUUCUGCGAGUUGCUCCAAAAGGCCACGACAGGCUUUUCACUGCUCAAUCUGGGUCCGAAGCCAACGAACUUGCAUAUAAGGCGGCCUUCAUGCACUACCAGAGACAACGACGAGGCGAGGGUGUUGAGUGGACCGACCACGAGAUUGAAUCGUGCCUGGUCAACUCGGCACCCGGGUCCCCCGAUCUCUCUAUCCUGAGCUUCAAGAACUCGUUCCACGGACGAGGGUUCGGAAGUCUGUCAACCACUCGAUCCAAAGCCGUACACAAACUCGAUAUCCCUUCCUUCAAUUGGCCUCAAGCCACGUUUCCUAGCCUGAAAUAUCCUCUCGAAGACAAUGUUGAAGCGAACCGAGCGUCGGAAAAGGCUUCUCUUGACGAAGUGGAGGAAGUCAUUAAAUCAUGGCCAUCGCCCGUUGCAGCAGUUAUCGUUGAACCGAUUCAGAGCGAAGGGGGCGACAACCACGCAUCUCCGGCAUUCUUCCAAGGCCUACGAGCCCUGACGGAGAAAUAUGGAGUGAUGCUGAUUGUGGACGAAGUACAGACCGGAUUUGGAGCAACGGGAAAGUUCUGGGGCCACGAGCACUGGCAGCUAGAGACGCCGCCGGACAUGGUGACCUUCUCGAAGAAGGCACAGACUGCAGGAUAUUUCUUCGGCAAUGAGCGAUUGAUCCCAGAUAAGGCGUAUCGACAGUUCAACACAUGGAUUGGCGAUCCGGCACGAGCAAUCCUGGCCAACGCUGUCAUCGACGAGAUACUCAACCGCCACUUGGUCGAGCAGACUGCCCAAAUCGGCGAGAAGUUGUACACGGCCCUGGCAGAUCUAGCCACCAGACACCCAGACCAGAUUCGCAACCUCCGUGGCAAGGGUCAGGGAACUUAUAUUGCUUUCGACACCGUCAAUUCGGCCGCCCUGGUGAAGAAGAUGAAAUCGCUCGGUGUCAAUAUCGGUACUUGUGGCAAGGACACUGUCCGUCUGAGACCCAUGCUCAUCUUCGAGGAGUCUAUGAUUCCCAAAUUAGUCUCUACCUUUGACAAGGCUUUGACGUCCGUUGUUUGAGAGGUUCACAUCUGAGGACGCCAGUUGGCUUUCUGCUUUUUCCUCUCUUUUGAUUCUUUUCUUGUGAGUUUAGAGUUUGGCGUCGGUGUAACACACGUGUUCUGGAAACACGAUAUGAUGGUUUUUAUUUUCGACUGGAGUGCGCGUCCAUCAAGGUUGACCCACUCGUCAAUUUUGCAGAUUCUUGUUCUACUAUGAAUAUAAUAUGAGAAAUACUGUUCCUUGAAAUCAUGAAAUCAAACGUUACAAGUUGAAUA